GCAGGGAGGGGCUAAGGGGGUCCCGUCGGCACGCGCAGACAGCAGGGAGCAGCUGCAGUAAGAGGAUCGUAGUCCCGUUUCACAAACAAGCAGCAUUUUAAUAUUCACUUUAAAAUUAAUAUUAGCUCGCCUACCAAAAGCAAGUGAAAAUGGUAGACCGCGAGCAACUGGUGCAGAAAGCCAGGCUGGCCGAACAAGCUGAACGGUAUGAUGAUAUGGCAGCUGCCAUGAAAUCGGUUACAGAACUGAAUGAGGCGCUGUCCAAUGAGGAAAGGAAUUUGCUGUCUGUAGCCUAUAAAAACGUGGUUGGGGCCCGUCGCUCCUCAUGGCGGGUUAUCUCCAGCAUUGAGCAGAAGACCUCAGCGGAUGGGAAUGAGAAAAAGAUCGAAAUGGUGCGAGCCUACCGUGAGAAGAUUGAGAAGGAGCUGGAGGCGGUGUGCCAGGAUGUACUUAACCUCCUAGACAACUUCCUGAUCAAGAACUGCAGCGAAACACAGCACGAGAGCAAGGUCUUCUACCUGAAGAUGAAGGGUGACUAUUACCGAUACCUGGCUGAGGUGGCCACGGGCGAGAAGAGGGCUACGGUGGUGGAGUCCUCUGAGAAGGCAUACAGUGAAGCUCACGAGAUCAGCAAGGAGCACAUGCAGCCAACCCAUCCCAUCCGCCUAGGCCUGGCCCUCAACUACUCCGUCUUCUACUACGAGAUCCAGAAUGCCCCCGAGCAGGCCUGCCACUUGGCCAAAACCGCCUUCGACGACGCCAUCGCCGAGCUGGACACCCUCAACGAGGACUCCUACAAAGACUCCACACUCAUCAUGCAGCUGCUCCGAGACAACCUGACGCUGUGGACGAGUGACCAGCAGGACGACGAGGGAGGCGAGGGCAACAAUUAAAACGUGAAUCGCGCUUGUAAGGCAAAAGGGUCGGUGGACUUUGGCAGCAGCUUUUGCCAAUGUUACUACCGCAGCAGCUGUUCUUUAUUUUUCCACAAGUUUAAAGAAUACAAAUGAAUAUAAACGGGAGGUUAAGUGAAAUGUAGAAUUUAAAAAAGCACCUCCACCUUCUCUAUUGCCUCCUCAGCAUUUGCCAAAACCAAACAGAGGAUGAGGCCAAUCAGUCAGCAGUGGCGGCUUGUGAGCUGUUCCUGUGAGUCUCACACAUGCCUAGGGACUGUUCAUGUAGUACAAACAACGUGGAGCUGCGUGUUUAUUGAUUGGAGUGGAGUAAGACCAUUGUAAGAGUAGUAAGUAUAAUGAAUUCUUCACUGGGAGAGCUUCUCAAAACCAGUUUUCAUAGGUUCCAGUGUUGUACACCUUAGACGGAUGCUAAAAGUAAACCCUGUCAUGAUGAGUUAUACAGAGUAAAACUAUUAAUGACCGAAAUUGACAUGCAUGAGUACUUGCCUGAAAAGGGAAAUAAUUGAAUGUGGAUCAAUGUUUUAGUUAAAGAUGCAUUGAAAUGUCUUAAAUCAUAAGAGCAGUAAUAAAUCCCUUGUAAAAGAUAUGAUGAAAUAUGUGAGCUGAUUUGCUACCAGAAACACUGUAGUAUCUCAGUCUUAUUCUUGUUUAAACUUGCACAGUCUACUGGAACCCAAAAAUCUUUUGUGGAGGUCAAGGUACUUUGGAGGUAAAGAUUUAAGAGGACUAAGCAGCUUUGAAGUUUGUGAUGUACUUUUUUGUGUUUUUUAUGAAAUGCACUUGCCUAUUAUACUGUUUCUUCAGUGUAAAACAAUAGCUUCUCAAAUACUCACAACGAUUCGAUAUUGUGCAUGCUGGUGAUGUAUUUAUAUACAGUAGCUUGUCUUUAAGGUAUCGUAGGUGUUAUGUAUUCCUAUGAAAAAGAAUUAAAUAAGCAUCAAUCUUAAUAUUUUAAUUUAUUACUUUUUGGUUUGGUUGUAUUUUUCCGUUGCUUAAGUAUGCUAUACCAAAAGAGUGUUCGUUAACAAUAAAUUUUUUAUGGAUGUUGCUAUUGUGAGAUGCACUUCUUGUGUUUGAUUUGUUGAACAAUUGAUGAAAAAACACAGGAAAAGUAAAAACACCAGUGUUAGGAUAAUCUAAUUGUCUGGUGUAAUGGUAAAACUAUGACAAUGACGUUGUAACAUGAUUAACUUUUAUUCUUGGACUUACCUUUCUGGUUUAUGUUACAAUAUGCAGUAAAAUAUUUAAGGUUUGAACAGUGGUAACAUUUCAGAAUCAGUGUUUCUGUACGUUAUUCAUAUGAACCAUUAUUUAUGACUAUAUAUAUUGUUGUAUUUCUUGUUCACUUUUUAGCUGUUUCCUGAUUGGUGAAAAUGUGGAGCAGUCACUUCAGCAAAAAUAAUAGUAAGAGUUAUAAUAUUCAUGAAAAUGUAAACAAAAAAUACAACAGAAUUAUGACUGGACCAAAUCUCUGCUGUUUCGGUGAGUUAUGUCACAAUAUUUUUAGAAAUGACAUUGGUUAAGAGAUGAGUUAGUAAUUUUUGUUUUUAGAAAGGAUGAUGUAUUAUGAAUAUGAUUUUAAAACAGCAAUUUAUAUUUUCAUUCAUGUGACUAGGUUCUAAUUUGUCUAAUUUAAUUUGUGUUUAGUGACUGGUUAUAAGACAGUAUUGACAGGAAAACAGGACAGAAAAACCACAUAAAUUGGUUCUGACAUACUGCUUACUUAUCUGUCACUGGGAUAUACAAAUAUGUCUUUUAUUCAUGUUUUUGUUUUAACCUAAAUUUUUGCUGCUAUUUCUGGUAUUUUCUUAUUUUUUUACUAAGUUAUCUGCUCUGAGGUUAAGUUCCCUUUUUUGUGUGGAACAGUGCAAUUGGAAUGGCAUCUAUAAAAUCCUGCUCAUUCCAGGUUAUAUUUCAUUAGCGUUUGAUAAGAUUCCAGUGAAGGUUGUCUUGUUGUUGUUACUGUUGCUAUUGCUGUUGUUAUUCCAUAUGUGACACAACUGUAAUUGUGAUGUCCUACCAAUACUGGUGAGGUGCUGCUUUAGUUGAAAACCAUCUUUUACCUUGGAUUAACGUUAAAUCAUCUUAUUCACUUACUGAAUUGAUUAUUAUGAUUAUUAUCUUUCUUAUUUUUCAUUUGACUUCAGUGCAGAGCAUCAUUGCGGACAACAAUAGUGAUAGAUGUGGGGUACAAAGUGGGAGGAGCUGCUGCAAGCAACAGUUCAAGCUGGAAAAGUGGCUUUUACUCCGAGUACGUCCUCUAUACAGUUUUCCACACAUUUUGCCCUAUCAUGUUUUCCUUGCAGUUAUUUUAAAGCCAUCUUUCAUAACAGUUUAUCACUGUGAAAUGCCUGGUAUUGCAGACAACCAGGCUGGAGUCUAACAAAUUGGGGUUUUCUGCCCCACUAGACAAAUAACAUCACACCAGUCCAGACACGCUGCCCUAUUUACAUCACCUCUAAACAGGGUUUUAAUUUCUUUGGUGGGGUGGGGGUGUGAUAAUAGAGGCUUGUUAAAAACAGGCUGGUGGCGUUGGGUGUAGAACUAGAUUUGUGCAAAUUCCAGGUGACUGGUUCAUGAUAUUGUGAGAUAUGAGAAUGUAAAGAAAAUAGUGGGAGGGACUGUUAAAAUUUAGAAAUGAAUCAUAAAGACUCUUAAGAAUGAACUAGCCCAGACGACUUGCUGUUGCCUCAGCUUUUUCGACACCAACAUAAUAAGCAUUCUAUGUGCUAUUAAGCCAGCUACCAAACAUAAUAAAUACAUUUAAAAUGCAUUAAGACUGCAGUAUCCAAAGGGAAUUUGUUUCAUUAGUUGGUGGAAAAGUUAUAACAAUCAAGCUUUUGUAACCAUUGCUUUGUUUAGAUGUGUGUCUUAGCAAUACUUCUGGUUCCUAGGCAUAAGGUCAUUAUAGUGCAGUUUAAUGUUUUGUCUCCGACACUGAUCCUUACCAUAUUGUUCAGUCCUUAAGAGGGAGGAAAAAAGCACCCUAACACAAAAAUUAAAACUGCAGAUGACAGGAUGCUUUUGCUGUUCCCAUGAACAUUCGCAAUCACAUGCAUGCUCUGCUGCAUCUCCCAGUAGAAUGUGAGGAAGUACCGGAAUGCAUCAGCUGAUGGUGGCUACUAAGGUGUCACAGUGUGUAACUGUGCUAUCCUGCCUUGUCUGGGAAACUAAUGAAUGAUCAAGGUGCUGAGUGCAAAUUAAAAGUAAUAAUAAUUGGGUGGGUACAGUUUCCACAAACGGGAAACUAGAAACGGGAAGGUAUACUGUCACAAAGGCAUUUGUAUGUUUCUAAGGAAAGCUGGUUGCCUUCUGUUACCUAUUAAAGAUAUUGGUUUCUUGGCAA